ACUUUGAGGUUAUAUUUUUGUUUGUGCACAAAUACAGUUUCAACGUGAUAGUACAAAUAACAAAUUAAUUUGUCUGUUUACAACUACAAUGUCGCAGAAGAAAGACCCUUUGAAAAAAAUUAGAUCCCUUUGUUAUGUGACAAUUGGAGGAGCUAUCGCCUACCAGUAUAUUUAUUACAAGAAGGACUUUAACAGUUAUUACGAGAACGUCCUACAACCUCUCAGUCAGUAUCUGAGUCCUGAAGUCGCUCAUCGAAUCGGAGUAGCAGCGAUCAAACACGGACUAUUUCCAUCUGAUCAAAAUGAAGACCCAAAGAUUUUAAAAACAAGAUUGCUUGACUACGACCUAAGCAAUCCACUUGGCAUAGCCGCCGGGUUCGACAAGCACGGAGACGCGGUCGUGGGCCUGAUGAAACUGGGCUUCUCGAUCAUCGAAGUGGGUUCGGUCACGCCGCAGCCGCAGCCCGGGAAUCCCAAGCCGAGGGUCUUCCGACUCCCGGAGGACGGAGCCGUCAUCAACAGAUAUGGCUUCAACAGCAUAGGGCACGACGAAGUAUACAAAAAGCUGGAAGGAAUCGAGAAGGCCGUAAUGAAUCGGGCACUCCUCGGCGUGAAUCUGGGAAAGAAUAAGCUCUCCGAUGAUGCAGGGAAGGAUUAUGUGUCCGGCAUUGAAAAGUUCUCGGAUGUGGCUGAUUAUUUUGUUGUGAACGUUAGCAGCCCUAACACCCCCGGCCUGAGAUCAUUACAAAACAAGAACGAACUAGAAAACUUAUUGACCGAAAUAAACAGAGCUAGAAAACGGCGGAACUCGAACAAGCCGCUGCUCCUCAAACUGGCUCCGGACCUGAACGAGGACGAGCUAAAAGACGUGGUCAAUGUCAUUGGCAAACAGCACAGCAAGGUUGACGGCCUGAUCAUAUCGAACACGACCGUCGAGAGGCAGAGCCUCAAGAAUAAGGAGUUUGUGAACGAACCGGGCGGCCUGAGCGGGAAGCCGCUGACCAACAGAUCUACGGAGAUGAUCAGGGACGUGUACAGAUUAACUAAAGGUAAAGUUCCGAUAAUAGGAGUAGGGGGAGUGUUCACGGGGCGUGACGCGUAUGAGAAGAUCCUGGCGGGCGCCGGCGCCGUGCAAGUGUACACCGCGCUCAUCUACCACGGACCCCCGGUCGUGAGGAGGAUAAAGGACGAACUGGCCGAGCUACUAGAGAGGGACGGAUAUACUUCCGUCAAUGACGCCGUCGGUAAAGGAGUUAAAUAGAAAUGCCAAAUCUAUAGCAUGAUCACUAUAUUAAUAUAUUUGAAUUGAACCUGACAAUAAAAAUAAAUAAUAAAUAUUUUUAGAUGUAUUUUGACUAUUGUUGAUCCAUUUGAUCGUUAUUAAGUGAAAACAGGCGCAAUGAACUCCGGUGACCACUUAACAUCGGAUGGGUCGCGUCUCCACGUGUACAGAUAGUGAAGGCAGCAAAAAAAUUUAAUAUUAAAAAAAUAUAUAUUAUAUUGUUCUAACAACGACUCCAUUUCUAAUAUAGUUCUUCAUUUUUAAAUGAUAUAA